UCCAAUGUACACAUUGGUGUACACAUAAAAGUUCUCUUGGCAGUUUGAAUUCGGUAUGAGAGUAGGCCAUAGUGUCGCUGCCCAGACAAACAUUUUCACUUAGCACAAUGCAUUAGACCAGUCAGAGCUGACCAGUAGGACGUCUUUAAACCCCAUUUCAUUUCAGAGAUUUACAUAGUAGCAAGUUGAUCAUUGUACUGGUGAAUCGAGGCUGAAUACUGGUUACUCGCAGCUGAUUCAAAUUGUAUUUCAACUGUUUCUGUCCAAUGAACCUUGGUGGAAUCGGUUGUCAAAACCCUUGAACUAACGAACGAAUGCAGCCCGUUGUACAGAAGGUAUAAUAAUAAUAAAAACAACCCUACGAAGCACAAGCCAUAUCUAAUUGACCCAUAAUUUACAAACAUGGCGAAUAAACUAUUCAGGGUGUUUGGAUAUGUUGUAUGUGGUGGUCUUGUUGGUAUCUUUAUUGUCUGGUGUAAAGAUGGAGGAAGAGAUAGAACACCACUGUCGGUGUUUGGUAACAGUUCCGGUAUGACUGAUAUCAACGCUAAUGAAUCCGCUAGGUUCCCACUAACUUUAGACGGUGAUUAUAUACUGAACAGUCCCAAACUAUGUUCCGACAUUCCAACAGUAAAGGCCUUGGUUGUCGUUCACACGGCCGUCCAUCAUUUCACCAGACGACAUAAUAUACGGUCCACGUUUGGAUCACGUGAUUUGUUUAAGGAAGUGCGUGUUGUGUUUCUGUUGGGAUUAGUUAAUGACGUCAAGAUUCAGGAAUCCAUACAACGGGAGCAUAUUAAAUAUGGCGACACGGUUCAGGGCAAUUUCAUAGAUUCAUAUCAUAAUCUUACCCAUAAAGGUGUGAUGGGGCUAAGGUGGAUAACUGAACAUUGUUCAAAUGUAAAAUACGUAGUCAAAGUUGACGAUGACGUAAUAUUUGAUAUGUGGCGCUUUUUAAAUUAUUUCGGUUCAUUUUCGAAAGGCAGGAGUAUAUUCUGCAAUGUUAUAAAAAACGGUUGGAUAUUUCGCAAAGGAAAAUGGAAGUUAGACAAUGAAAUAUUUUACGACAGGAAGCGGUGGCCUUGGCCUUAUUGUCCCGGUUUUGUUGUUAUAUUAUCUGGUGACGUCAUAAAACCUUUGUUCGAAGCUGCGUACAUGACACCAUAUAUAUGGAUCGACGACGUCUAUUUAUACGGUUAUCUCCCUUUCCAGGCACGUGGGAUAAACAUACAAAACUUUCCAAAACAUCAUGGCUGCAGUUCCGGAAAACGCAGCCAUGAAUGUCUUCUCAAAAAUGGUGAUAACUGUACACACAUGGCAGUGAAUGUACCUGAAAACAAAUAUCAAAUGUAUUGGAAUCUGAUAAAAAAGCGAAAUAAGAAAACUUAAUGAAAUUUGUUAUGGCUGUGUUUCAAGUUUAAAAGCAAGAUGGCUGAAAUAAAAUUCUAACCCGGGUGUUCAUUACGUCGCGUUUAAUUUUUGACGUUGUAACAAGAGAGGUCAAAAACUCAAUAAAUUUAUUCUAUCUCUUUCAAGUUGGGUAAAUGCAAAUAAACUUUUUACGUUUUUAUAUAAUACAGGAUAUGCUUAAACAUGCAUUAUGCAAGAGCAAAAUCUGCUUAUUACAAGUCUUUCUUUAGGCCUGAAAUGUUAUCUAAAUUAUCAAUUAGACAUUAAUUAACUUAUCCAGACCAUAACAAACUCUCGAUGUCAAGGCUAGCCUUCGAUGUUGGCUGGAUUAGAUUCCUAUAUGCCUCUAACGGCCAUUGGGGAUCACGUGGCUAAGUGGGUAAGACGCUAGCUCGCUAGCCUGGAGGUCGGGUGUUCGAUCCCUGCAUUGGCCGAGAAAGUUCAUCCAGAUUUUCCGGCGUGGUUCUCCCUUGUCAGUGAUGCAGGACGGAGGGGCUGACAAGGAAAGCUGUCUAGUCGUUCGGAUGGGACGAAAAACCGAGGUCCCGUGUACACAUUGGCGUGCACGUAAAAGAUCCCUUGGCAGUUGGAAUUCGAUAUAAGAGUAGGCCGUAGUGCCGCUGUCCGGGCAAAAUUUCCCUCAUAGCACACUGUAUGGCGCAUGCCCGUCUUCAUUAGCCCAGGUUAGGAGCAGAACAGUAGGACGUUAAACUCCAUUUCAUUUCAUUUCAUUUCUAACGGCCAUUGAUAAUUAAAUUUUUAAAAAGUGGAUAAUCGAGACUAUAUAUGCUGUUUAUAUUAAUGAUUUUAGUAAUGAUGACCGAGACUAUGCAAAAAUUUCACCCGCUUCUUUCUCGGCUCAUAGUGGAUCAAUUUGAUUGAAAUUUUCAGCAAAUUACCUUUACACUAUCUAGUUUUUAACUAUUAUAGCAAGAACUGCCAUCUCUUUAUCUUAUCUCCCAUAAUGUAUCUUUAAUGCAUCUUAUGUCGUUUUACAUAAGGGGUUUGGAUGGCAGAAUGGUUUUCUCCCACUGCUAAAGACACCUACGUGCAAGCGAUUAUUGAAAUAAAAAUUGAACAUUACUCCCGAAAUGACCUAGUUUGGAGCGAAUGAACAUUAAACCCCAUCUCUUUCCCGUUUUAUAUAAUUGACACUUAUUUAUACAAAAAUUGAACAUUAUUUUGUUGUGUCUUAAUAAUUUCGAUGAAGAAUAAUACA